UGCCCCGGAAGUCAAACAGCUGCUCCUGCUGUUAGCUGCUUCGGACUCGCUCCGUCAGGUUCGUCGUCAGAUCCCGAACCCACGGCGGAACCGGAGGGACCAUGGAGCCCGUCGCCGCUGCACCGGCUGAGGAGCUCGCCAGCGUUCAGGUCAAAAUGGAGCCAGAGGGCGACGUGGAGAUCCGUUCGUACCCGGUCCUCAGGAAGCUGUCCGUCAAACUGACCGACUGCAGGGUGUGGCUGGAGGGGCGGGACUUCCUGUCUUUGGGUAACCACCCUGAGCUGUAUGAGCAGAAGCUAAGGCAGCAACAGUCCACAAACACAGGCAGGAAGAUGGUCUACUGCCACGAGUGUAACAAGGGAUUCUACAAGAAGUCCCACCUAGAGGCUCACCUCCGGUUCCACCGGGGUCAGAAACCUAAUGAGUGCUGGCAGUGUGGGAAGACCUACCCGACCCUGAUGAGCCUCGUCGUGCACCAGCAGAUCCACAACCGCAACGCACCCUACCAGUGCUCUUACUGCGACAAGACCUUCGCGCUGAAGAGGGACUGGAAGACCCACCACCGGACACACUCGGGGACCAAACCCUUCAAGUGCUGGUUCUGUGGGGACGGCUUCAGCGAGCAGGACGAGCUCAGCGAGCACCUGGAGAUGCACAGCGGUGAGAAGUGCUACCACUGCAACGUCUGCGACAAGAUGUUCAUAUCGUACCAGGGCUUCAACUUCCACCGCAAGUCCCACAAGAACCGGAAGCUCCUGCCGUGCCCCAAGUGCAACAAGACCUUCAGCAACCCUCAGAGUCUGAAGCUCCACCAGGUGACACACUCCAACAGAAAGCCACACAAAUGCCCCACCUGCGGCAAAGCCUUCAAGCUGCUGAGCGGCAUGCGCUGCCACCAGCGCACCCACGAGGACCUGAAGGCCUACCACUGCGCCGAGUGCGGCAAGUGCUUCUCCAGCCUGCAGGGCCUGAAGCUGCACGACCGCACACACACCGGACUCAAGCCCUACAAGUGCUCCGAGUGCGGCAAGAGGUUCACGCAGUCACCCCAUCUCAAGGCGCACAUGGUGACCCACACUGGGGAACGGCCCUUCCUCUGCACCACCUGUGGGAAGAGGUUCACGCAGUCGUCCCACCUGAGGUCCCACAUCACGCUGUUCCAUGUGGGCGAGAAGCCGUUCACCUGUGAUGACUGCGGCAAGAGCUUCACCAUCGCUCACUACCUGAAGGUGCACCGGCGCACCCACACGAAGGAGAAGCUGUACCAGUGCUCGUACUGCCAGAAGUCCUUCUCUUACCACAACUCGUGGAGGGCCCACGAGAGGAUCCAUACCGGCGAGCGGCCCUUCACCUGCCAGGACUGCGGCCAGAGCUUCAUCACGUCUGGCUCGCUGGUGAGCCAUCAGAGAUCCAAACACACUGGAGAGAAGAGCCACUACUGCAUCACCUGCGGCGAGUUCUUCUUCACCAGCUCGAUGCUGCGCAUCCAUCAGCUCGACCACACCGGCGAGCGCCCACACGUCUGCAGCUGUGGCAAGACCUUCAAAACCAGAGGCGUGCUACGCUACCACCUGAAGAGGUUCACUGACCACCAGCCUGCCGAGUGAAGGGGGCGGAGACGUUUAAACACUAUCAUGACAUGAUUUCUAUUUUAAUUACCACCUGAGCUUCAGCAGGAGCUCUUAUAACCGCGCCAUGUCUUCUUCUGUGGUGGUUUGUACCCGAUCAACCAAUGAACUUGUAGUGAAGCAGCACUACUUUACUCUGAUGGUUUGUAGAUGAACUUUGACAUUGUGUGAUGGACACUAAUGCAGAAGCUGCUGAGAAUCUGAUUGUAGUCUCCUUCAGUCUGUCAGCGAUCAAUAAGCUGAUGGUUAGCGCUGCUCAGAGCGCGGCGGCUUCAAACCCAGCAGGGUGACGCUUCCAAAGAAUCAGCAAUGCUGUUUUUUCUGUUCGGUACGUCUGACGCCGCGUAUGUAGGGGCGUCCUCAUGUCGAUUCACAUCAUCAAUAAAGUAUCUGCAGCUUUAA